CAGGCAGGAAAUUAAGUUACGCGGGCAAUAAACUGUUCCUUCUCCCUUAACCUGACCUCGGCCACCUUUCCUCACUAAACCAAUCCUCUCCCUCCUUAUCAGUGCCUGCCAAGAUGUGAUCGUCUUUCCUUCACUCAGUGCAUUCCAAGCUUAAAGGCGUCCACCAUAUACUUUCCUCCUACAGAUUAGAUACCCAUUAACUCCUGGUGUAGAAACCUGACUAUGGCACUCUUCAUGUCUCUAGUAUAACUGAUUAUUAACUAUAUUUAAAGUUUAGAAAUCCGAACCGAUCCCUGGUCAUUUAAAAGUCGUAAAUUAUUACUGCAUUUUGCAUAGACAUUGUAAAAUUGAGAUGCAAGUAUUGAAUUGAGUGAUUUGGUUGUUUUUACGUUUUAGCAUUGUGAAUACUCACAAUUUUAGCAACAUUAGUUUACACUGACUUUGUCAUUUUCUUCCAAUGGGUGCACAGCCAUUUUGUUUUAUGCUUGUUGUAACAAGUCAGUUGCUCUGUAUGAUGGAGUAUCACAGUCCUGGUGUAUAGGUGGUCCUCUGUAGCUCUGUUGGUAGAUCAUGGCGCUUGCAACUCCUGGAUAGUGGGAUCAAUUCACAGGACCACCCAUACAUAAAAUGUAAGUCACUUUGGAUAAAAGUGUCUGCUAAAUGGCAUAUAUUAUUAUAUUAGGUGUCCCAGACCCGGAACGUGCGAUCACCAAAGAGCACUCCACCCAGUCCAAGGUGGUGGACCUGGAGACCCAGCUAAGCAGGACCACCACAGAACUCACCACCCUCCGCCGCAGCAAAGAGGAGGCAGAGCGACGGUACCAGUCCCGUCUUCAGGAUGUGAAGGACCGUCUGGAGCAGUCGGACAGCACCAACAGGAGUCUGCAGAACUACGUCCAGUUCCUCAAAGCCUCUUAUGCCAACGUGUUCGGGAGACUCGGCCCUCACCAGCACUCU